AUGAGGAGGAUCCACCUGAAGGGGGACCUGCUGUGCACCCUGGUUCUGCUGGUGCUGCUCGGCCUGCUCCUGUAUGUCCACCACGCCCUCACACCAUCCUGGGGCGUCUGGCGCCUGGAGGAGCGGGCCACCAGCUCGCGGGCCCUGCUGGGCGCCGUGACGGAGAGCCAGGAGACGAAGCCGGCCCCGUCCCAGCCCACAGAACGGCCCCGCAGCCAGGCCCUCUUCCAGUUCCACUUCCAGUCAGACUCCCAGGCCCGCUCCCCGCGCAAGCCCCCGCGCAAAGCCCAGACCAAAUCCCAAACCAAACUGCAAACCAAGCCCCAGCCCAGGCCCCAGUCUAAAACCCAGCCUAAGCCCCCGGCUAAACCCCAGUCUAAAGCCCAGUCUAAGCCCCAGUCUAAAGCCCAGGCCAAGGCUGAAGGCCAAGCCCAGCAGAAGGGUAAGGCCAAGGAGGGCGCAGGGAAGGCCCAGCCGGCUUUGCCGACCCGCCCGCCCUUCGACUUCGAGCAGUACCUGCUGAACAAAGACAGCCGCAACUUCCAGCUGCUCAUCGACCAGCCGGGGAAGUGCGCAGGUGACCCUCCUUACCUGCUCAUCGCCAUCAAGUCGGUGGCGGCCGACUUCCACAAGCGGCAGGUGGUGCGGCGCACCUGGGGCCGGGAGGGCAUGUUGCAGGAUGGGGUGCAGGUGGAGACCGUCUUCCUGCUGGGCGUUCCCCACAACCGCAGCGCCCUCCCCAUGUGGGACCGUCUGCUGACGUACGAGAGCCACACCUUCAAGGACAUCCUGCUGUGGGACUUCGAGGACACCUUCUUCAACCUGACACUGAAGGAGACGCACUUCCUCAAGUGGGUGAACAGCAGCUGCCCCAACGUCCGCUUCAUCUUCAAGGGCGACGCCGACGUCUACGUCAACGUGGACAACAUCCUGGAGAUGCUGCGGGACCGAGAUGCCGACGGCGACCUGUUCGUGGGCGACAUCAUCUUCAACGCCCGGCCCAUCCGCAGGCGCAGCAGCAAGUACUUCGUGCCGGAGAUUGUGUACGGCCAGGGCAUCUACCCGGCGUACGCCGGCGGCGGCGGCUUCGUCAUGUCGGGCCACACGGCUCGCCGGCUGAACCGCGCGUGUGAGGAGGUGGAGAUCUUCCCCAUCGACGAUGUCUUCCUGGGCAUGUGCCUGAUGCGCAUCGGCCUGGAGCCGUCCCGUCACGAGGGCUUCCGCACCUUCGGCAUCGUGCGGCCCUCUGCCGCUCCCCACCUGCAGGUGUUUGACCCCUGCUUCUACCGCGAGCUGAUGGUGGUGCACAGCCUGACCGUGCCGCAGAUCUGGCUCAUGUGGAACCUGCUCCAUGAUCCGCAGCUGCAGUGCCACACCCGGAUCUCCCCCACCGCCUCCCCCUUCAGGUGGAGAGACAGGAUGGUGACCACAGCCAGGCCGCCCCAGACCACGCCCGAACCCCCCGCCGAGCCAGACUACGGAGUAGAGGUGUUUGUGAGGCACUGAGAAUUUACAGAGAUUAAACACUGGGGUGGAUCCUUGCAACAAAAGUUAUGUGUGUUCAGGAGAUUUUAUUUCCUGUCUCUCACCGAUACUGACAUCUUAAAUGCAGACUUGUAAAGACGAGGGCAGGGGUUAAAUUUGCUGCAGUGUCAGCUGUGCCAGGACAGGAAGUCCCUCUAGGGCCUCAUUCUACUGUGACACGUUCCAGGAAGUCUCCACGGAAGCCUUCAGCGUGGGCGUCAUGACGUGGACAUCAUCAGGUUUUUACGCUUGUGAAUGUAGUGUGCACUGCAGACUCCAGCAGUUAACUUCACUCAUGUUUUUAGAGGUUAGUUUUUAAAGUGAGCGACACUGUAGAAGACAAUCACCAUGGAACGAGGAACUGCUUGGUGUUCACCUCAGCAAACUAACUGGUGUGCCUUAAAGUUUUUCCAUUCCUAUCACAGAAUCUGCUGUUAGAGAAGGGCUCUUUAAACCAGGUGAACGCACCUGCAACUUUUCUACAACACCUAUUGUAGGUAGAUUCCAGUUAAAUGAA